GGGCGGGGUUAAGAACCCGGAAGUGGAGGGCAGCAUGGCGCAGGGCAGGCCCAAGGCCGCGGCCAAGCGGCCCCGGAAGGAAACGGGAACCGGAAACCGGGGGUCACGGAAGGGAGGCCGCACCAUUGCGCCCAAGAAGCUCCACGUGAUCCGGCAGCAGAAGCUGAAGAAGAGGCUCGAGGUCGCCAUCCGCGCACGCAUCGAGCGGGACGCGCGGCAGCGCGCAUGCGCGGCCCCGCCCCCUCCGCAGCGCCCCGCCCCCAACAAGGGCAAGGCCAGAAAGGGGCGGGGCUAAGUCUGAGCCCCGCCCCCAUCCAGCGCCGUUCGUUGGCUUAAUAAAGGCAUUGGGGCGAGGCCCCGCCCCUCC